AUGAAGGUGGAGAGUCACGAUUAUGGCUUCGUUAUGGAGGCCAACGACGGAGGUGGCGAGUCACGCCUUGAGAAAAUUGAAUUAAGCGAGAUUCUACAGUGGAGGUGGAUUCUUGUGAGGUUUGGCAGAAGGAAGAAGAGGAAGAGACUAGAUAGAAGAGGAAGAAGAAGAGCAACGACUGAGAAGAAGAAAAAGAAGUGA